CGGCUGAACUGAGGGGGGGGGGCGGACGCACCAACAGGGGCACGCUCCCUCCAAAGACAAGCGCACACACCUCAUCAUUCCCAGCAGCAUCAAGACACAUGCUGAAAGAAAAGGGAAAACUGCAGCCGGAUUGCAGAAACGGUCUGAUACAACAUUAGAAGAAAGUAACUGAGAUCUACUCCUAUUAGAGUCACUUCUUCUUGUUCACCAACUGAUUGCCCAUCCUCUGCUGUUAAACCUGGGGACCGCACAUCAUUGUGGCAGUGAUAUACAAACAUGGAUAAAAAACAAAAAUGGGCGCCAGGUCUGGAAGGUGUGUUAUUGAUACUGCUGAGUCACAUGGCUGCAGGACUUGAAGUGCCUCUUGAUCCUAAAGUACUGGAAGGAUUGCCUCAACCCCCCACCAUAACACUGCAGUCCCCAAAGGAUUACAUCUUUGAUCCCCGGGACAAAAUCGUCAUACAGUGCGAGGCCAAAGGGAAUCCUCAUCCCAGCUUUUCAUGGACGAGGAAUGGGACAAACUUCGAUGUGGAGACAGACUCCAAAGUCGUGAUGAAGCCUUAUUCAGGAACGCUAGAGAUUGACAUCAGUGGAGAAAAGGCCGAGGCUUAUGAAGGAACAUACCAGUGUACUGCUAGCAACGAGCACGGCAAAGCUCUAACAAACAACAUUGUCAUCAGGCAGUCCAGGUCCCCCUUGUGGUCAAAGGAAAAAAAUGAGGCGAUUCAGGUGCAGAAGGGGUCUCCCCUUGUACUUCACUGUCGACCCCCUGCAGGCCUGCCUCCUCCUGUCAUCUUCUGGAUGGAUCACAAUUUCCAGAGAGUGCCUCUGGAUAAUCGAGUCACCCAGGCCUUGAACGGAGACCUGUACUUUUCCAAUGUUCUUCCAGAAGACACCCGGAGCAAUUAUAUUUGCUACGCACGCUUUUACCACACACAAACCAUCCAGCAGAAAGAUCCCAUCUCUGUCACAGUACUCACCAACAACCCUAAAGGAGAGCGCCGCCCUGGUUUCAUGUGGCCUGUUGGUGAAAUGAGCACCAAGAUGGUUCUAAGAGGGGAAACACUAGAAUUGGAAUGCAUCGCUGAGGGAUUACCCACUCCAGAAGUUAUGUGGCAGAAGGAUGGAGGGAGGCUGCCGAGUGGCAGGACAAGCUUCCACGAAUUCAAAAAAACACUGACGAUCAUCGAUGUGAAUGAAGAUGAUGCCGGUGACUACCGCUGUACAGCCACUAACAAGCUGGGCUCUGUCCACCACAUAAUUAAAGUCACAGUUAAAGCUGCUCCUUUUUGGAUCAGUGCUCCAAGAAAUUUGAUUCUGGCUCCAAAUGAGACCGGCAUCUUAACCUGUCGGGUUAAUGGAAACCCUAAACCAAAAAUUAACUGGUUUGUCAACGGACGUUCAUUUAAAGACUUUUAUGAAGAUAAUGGUCCAAAGGUAGAGGAGGAUACCAUCAUUCUCAGCAAUGUACAGUCAGGGAGCAGUGCUGUCUUCCAGUGCAAUGCAUCUAAUGAGUUUGGUUAUUUAUUGGCUAAUGCUUUUGUCAGUGUUCUGGCUGAACCACCAAGAAUUCUCACUCCGGCCAACAAAGUGUAUCUAGUCAUCAUGAACAACCCGGCGUUGCUUCACUGCGCCUCGUUUGGCUCGCCAAUACCAGCUAUCACAUGGUUUAAAGACGGCCAGACCAACAUUAAAAACAGUGACCCAUAUGUGAUCCAUGAGAAUGGUACUCUGGAGAUAAACAUGGCUCAGCCGAUGCACAGUGGAAAGUACACCUGCACUGCCACCAAUAACCUGGGCUUCAAAGAAAAUCAUGUCUUUCUGGAAGUAAAAGAGCCGACUCGGAUCCUCACGCAGCCGAAGUACAGAGUGGUUCAGAGAGGAAUGAGCGCUCUGUUUGAGUGUAAAGUCAAACAUGAUAGCUCUCUUAUUAUCAACAUCAGUUGGCUAAAAGAUAAUGGAGAACUGCCAGACGAUCAGAGGUUUGAGGUGGACGAUGAGAGCCUGACCAUUAGAGAUGUGACAGAAGAAGAUGCAGGGACUUAUACCUGCAUCACAAACACCAUUCUGGAUCAGGACUCUGCAAGUGCGAUGCUGACUGUUGUCGAGGCAACUCCUACUCCAACAAUUGUUUUAGAGAAACCGGACCCUCCAACUGACCUGGAACUCACUGACCAGAUGGAGAGAAGUGUUCGACUCACCUGGAUCCCAGGAGAUGAAAACAACAGUCCAAUACAGAACUUUCUGAUUGAGUACAUGGAUAUGCUCCACCAGCCAGGUGUUUGGGUCAACCUUACAGAAGUUCCUGGUACCAGUACCACUGCCCAGCUGCAGCUCUCUCCAUACGUCUACUAUAUGUUCAGAGUGCGCGCUCAAAAUGAUGUAGGCUACAGCGACCCUAGUAUCCCCUCAGCUCAAUACAGAACCAACCCUUCAGCUCCAGAUGAAAAUCCAACAAAUGUGAAAGGAGUAGGAACAGAGCCUGGCAACUUGGUUAUCUCGUGGAAGCCUCUCACAGGAUUUCAGUCCAACGGGCCUGGACUGGAGUACAAGGUUAUGUGGAGGCAAAAGGACGUGGAAGAUGACUGGACCUCAAUGAAUGUUGGAAACAAUUCCCAACUGACUGUUACUCAAACUCCAACCUAUGUGCCCUAUGAAAUUAAAGUUCAGGCUUUUAAUGACUAUGGAAAUGGUCCUGAGCCUGCUGUGGUCACUGGCUUCUCUGGAGAAGACUUGCCGUUGUCUCCUCCUGAUGGUGUCAAGGUCACUGUUCCCAACAGCACACUGGCAGAAGUGCAGUGGGACCCAGUAUCGAAUCCCUCUAUUCGAGGGGAGCUAAAAGGAUACAGAGUGUACUACAGACGAGUGCGUGGCCAGCACGACUCGCAGGAGGAGGCCGAACAACAGGAGCAAGUUUUAACUUUCAGUGGGAACCGUACCGAGGCAAUGCUGCCAGACCUUCAGCCUUACAGCGUUUACAACGUAUUUGUCACGGUCGUUAAUAACAAAGGAGAAGGGCCUCCCAGCCCCAACAAGACUUUUGAAACCCCGGAAGGAGUACCAGGUCCACCUUCUUUUCUAAAUACGAUGGACCAUGGCUUGGAUACUCUCACACUAAAAUGGGGCCCCCCAUUGAGCAACAAUGGACACCUUACAGGAUACACCCUUAUAUACCAUCCAGUCAAUACCACAAAUGAACUGGGGCCAGCCAAGAAAAAGUUCUUUCCAGCCAACGUGACUACCAUCACCUUGGACAGCCUUAAUGCCAGCAUGCUUUACAAGUUUUACUUGAACGCCGAAACAAGAAAAGGCCCUGGUCCCAAUAUCACAAAAGAGGCAUACACAGCAAUAGAUACAGCUCUUAUUCAGCCUCCUGUACAACCAGGGAAAGGCCCCACAGAGUCCCCUCACCUAUCCUCCCCUGUCACUCAGUCUCUGCAUCCCCCGCUUCCCAAGGUGCCUUCUGUUGGGCCUGUGUUUGGAACAGUUAACACAUCUGUAUCAGAGGAAGGCCCAGUGAUCAGUUGGGAAUACUUUGGACAUCAAAAGAGAUUAUUUGUGGAAUAUGUUGUAGAAAACAGUGAGGAUGAAUGGAAAAGGGAGUCAGUAAAUGGUACACAUUCACAUACUAUAAAAGGUCUGAAGCCGGGGACUUCCUAUUGGGUGCGUGUGGUAGCUAGAGAUGGAGCUGACCUGGCGGUCCACGAAACCACCAAUGUGUUGGUUACAGUUCCAGCUGUGCCAAACCGGCAGGUGGACAUUGCUACGCAGGGCUGGUUUAUCGGACUGAUGUGUGCAAUUGCUCUCCUGAUCUUGGUGCUUCUCAUCGUGUGCUUCAUCAAAAGAAAUAAAGGUGGCAAAUAUCCAGUGAAAGAGAAAGAAGAUGCUCACCAAGACCCAGAGAUCCAGCCAAUGAAGGAGGAUGAUGGAACAUUUGGAGAGUACAGGUCAAUGGAGAGUGACACUGAAGAUCACAAACCACUGAAGGGCAGCCGGACGCCGUCCAACGGGACGGUGCGGCGCGACGAGAGCGACGACAGUUUAGUGGACUACGGGGAGGGCGGGGAUGGACAGUUCAAUGAGGAUGGCUCCUUUAUUGGCCAGUACAGUGGCAAGAAGGAGAAGGACACACACGAGGGCAAUGAGAGUUCGGAGGCACCGUCGCCUGUUAACGCCAUGAACUCGUUCGUCUAACAGGGUCAGCCAACUGGCCGCAGUGGUUGCUACGGCCAUCCCUCGUCAACCUGGCAAAUGUGACCAUCCCCUUGGUGACAGUUGCUAAGUCGACAGCUUUUGUGGACACCUACUUUUACCCUGUGGUUGCCAUCACUCACGUGAUCAAGGCUACCUUAAACCUAAACUGCUGACACGUCCUCAUCCCUGCGCCCGUCAGCCCCAGUCACACUGUGACCUCCCACCGACCACACUCUUAAGAUUCCCCUACAACCAUUACAAGAAGAAAAGAAAGACGUUUGGUAUAAAAGAGACAGCGAGAAAUACAGAAAAGCAGAUGAAAUGAACCAGAGGGGGUUCUACCACUCAGACUGAACACGAGUGUGGCAAGUGUAUGUGUGUUUUAGUGACCUCUUUACAAUUAUAAUUAUAAAAAAUAUAUAUAUUUGAUGGAAGUAUGGCAUAUGACCCGCAGGCAGGCUAAUAUAAGUAAAUCACAUUCAUAGGUAUCUGCAUGGAGCAAACUGUGUGUCCGUUAAACAUGUUACUUUCCUCUUAUCAUUUUCUUUGCAGAAUGCUGCAACUUACACUGUAUUCGGUGCACGCCUAUGAGUCAGGGUGUUUUUCUUAUUUGGACAAGUGUUACAUGGUGUUUGACAUAUAGAAGAAAAAAUGGCAGCAGUGGUAUUGUGAACCCAGCUGUGAAAGUGUGAACUAGAAGCUAGAUGUUCUUAUUUCACUAACUUAUUAUUUUUUUUUUUCCCGGUGCUGUCUGGCAGUGUACUAUAUUUUUUUAAUGCAGAGGGAGUUUUUGUACAUGUGUAAUAGAAAGAGAAGGAAAGCUGUAUAUCCAGGUCAGGUGUGUCCAUUCUUAGUGCCUGGAAAACUGGUAAGGAAGAAGCAGAGAGCCAGCAUGGUGUUCCCCUGUAGUAGCGCCUUGCUAAAGUACGCGCAUGCAUUUAACAUUUUAAAAUGAUCUCACGUCACAAACCUUAGAAUUGAAUAUGUUUUCUUUGGAUAUUUAGGACACCUACACAAAUAAAUUGAUCCCUAUCUUGGGAACGACAGCAAAAACAACUAUUUCUCAUUAUGAUGAUGUUAUGUUAGCUUCUCGCCACACAUAGUGUAGUGUUCAUGAAGACAAAGAUGUGCAAUAAGAGUUGGCCUUGCUUGCUUGGAAAAAAAUAAGUUCCUCCCUCAAUUCCAAAACAUCAUGUCAAGUAUCUGACCUUUAAUGGGGUAUACUCUAGGGCUGCAACUAACGAUUAUUUUGCAAAUUGGCUCCUUUUAAAGAAGAUUCUUUUUUACAAAAAUAAACCAGGUGAAACUAAAAUGUUUCCACUUGAGUUCUGGAUUG